CUUCGAUAUCAUUUCCAAGUAUCCUCCUCCAUCCUUGGAUUACACGUUUGCUUUAUUCCAGUGUCUUGACUCUUUUUGUCCUCAGUGGUUGUUGCAGUUUGUUCAUCAUGGCGCAAGAUCCCCGAGUCCUCAUCCAACGAGCCGAAAAAGCUCUGAGCGGCGCCACCAGUGGAUUCAGCUUCUUCGGAGGCCGAACAGAGAAGUAUGAGAAUGCAGCCGAUUUGUUUACCCAAGCGGCAAAUGCCUUCCGGGUACAGAAGCUGAACAAGGAAUCUGGUCUUGCUUUUGAAAAGGCGGCUUCUAUCCAGUCCCAGAACCUAAAUGAGCCCGAUGACGCUGCCAACACCCUUCAGGAGGCCUUCAAGGUCUACCGCAAAUCGGACCCCGAGGAUGCUGCCCGUGUGCUCGCUAGCGCCAUCCAACACUACGUAUUAAAGGGCAACCUUCGUCGGGCUGCCACGCAGCAGCAGCAUUUGGCUGAGCUGUAUGAAAUGGAGAUGGGAGAUCAGAAGAAGGCCCUGGAGGCGUACGAACAAGCCGCCGAAUGGUUCGAUAGCGACAAUGCCGAGGCUCUCGCAAAUAAGCACUACCUUAAAGCGGCGGACCUGGCCGCCUUGGAAGAAGACUACUACAAGGCCAUCGAGCACUACGAGCGGAUCGGUCGCUCCUCCAUCUCCAACAGCUUGAUGAAGUGGUCGGUCAAGGAUUACUUCCUCAAGGCCGGUAUCUGCCACAUGGCCACCAAGGACUUGGUCGCCACCGGGCGUGCCCUCGAAAGCUACCGGGAGAUCGACACGACGUUCGCGUCGACGCGGGAGCACCAGCUGCUCGUCGACCUGGCCCAGGCCAUCGAGAACGGCGACCAGGAGGCCUUUGCGGACAAGCUGUUCCAAUUCGACCAGCUCAGCAAGCUGGAUAAGUGGAAGACCACGCUGCUCUUGCGAGUCAAGAACAACAUUGAAGAGGCGGGCGAGGACUUCUCUUAGACUUCUUUUCUCUUUUCUUUCUUUCCUUUUUUCUUGUCUCUAUUUGUUUGUCUCCAAUCUAUUCCCUUUGGCGUGUGUUUUGUUUUUCCAAUAGGGUGUCUGUUUCACAUUCAUAUCAUCUAUAAACUGGGCCGUACGGUCGCUCCGAGUGUCUGUCUCUACUUUACUGGCGCUCGCCAGUGUCACUUAUAUGCGGUCAUGAAUGAUUGAUUACUUGGCUUCAACGAAUGAGUUGGUUCAACUCAACCUAAAAUGCAACGGAUGGAUAGGUACCUACACAGGUAGUCCA